AUGGUUAAUUGUUUACUUGACAAUGAAGAUUUAAAAAUUGACUCUGCUAACAUAUUAUGGCCAAAUGAUCCAGCAUUAUAUCCUGAUUCUGUAUCUCAUACCCUUCUCUCUCAUUUUGUGGAACUCGGGCCUUGUCAGCCUACCAUGAGCAGUUUUAAAAAUAACGAAUUUCCAAAAUCCAAGGAUUCUACUGGAAAGUUWAGAUCAUUUCAUGAAAACUUUUAUUUUUGUAAAACGUUACAUGAUCAAACUCCAGUCAAACGUUUGUGGUUGUGUUAUUCUCCAUCUAAAGACAGAAUAUUUUGUGGGACAUGUAAAUUAUUUGGAUUACCUAAAGCUAAAAAACAAAAAUUAGCCUCUAUUGGUUCUAAUGAUUGGACUAAUUUGAGCAGAAAUAUAUCACAUCACGAAAGCCUUCCAGAACAUCUACAAGCAGAGAUAAAUCAAAGCUUAUACAAUAAAAAUACUAGAAUAGACACUAAAAUGUUACAUAGCGCAAACCAAAAAGUAGCAGAAAAUCGUGCCAUUGUAAGUGUUAUAAUUGAAGUUCUUUUGUUUGCUGCCCGGCAGAACAUAGCCAUUAGAGGGCACAAUGAAACUUUACAGUCGCUCAAUAGAGGUAACUUCUUAGAAUUGAUAACUCUUAUUAGUAAAUAUCAUCCUACAUUGAAAAUUCAUUUGAAUAAAAUUCAACAUAACUUAAAUGUAACACAAACAACAUUUCUAUCUAAUAAGAGUCAGAAUAAAAUUUUAAAUAUUUUAUGUGAAAUCAUACGCUCAAAGAUUUUAUUACAAGUGAAAGCAGCUAAAAUAUUUUCUGUCAUUAUUGACACUACAACAGAUGUAUCAAAUACAGAACAAUUGACAUUUUUAUUGAGAUAUGUAGAUAAUAAAGGUGUUAUUCAAGAACGAUUAGUGGCUCUUGAAACAGCACCCGAUGGUACUGGUAAAGGUAUGUUUCAAACAUUUUGUUCAAUUACUGCCAAAUAUAACAUAAAUUGGAAARAACAUUUAUGUGCUCAGUCUUUUGAUGGAGCAGCUUCAAUGCAAGGGGAAUAUACAGGACUACGAACACUUAUCCAAAAAGAAAAUCCCAAGGCUAURUACGUUUGGUGCUUUGCACAUUUACUAAAUUUAGUAAUUGUUGAUACUUGUGAUUGCUGCACAGAUACAAAAAACUUCUUUGGUAAUGUUCAAGCCUUAGUCGCUUUUAUGAGAGCUAGGAAAAGGACUGCACUCUUUUUAGAUUAUCAAAAACUAAUGUACCCUAAUGAUCGCAUACAUCGAAUGAAAGGUUUCUCAAGUACAAGAUGGACCUCGCAUGGUUCUGCUAUUAAUGUAAUAUAUAAUAAAUUUGAUGCAUUAGUUGAAGUUUUAAAUAAAUWAACUCUAAGUUCUGACCGUAUUACAGCAUCAACAGCUACAAAUAUUUUACCGA